GACAAGCAGAAUAUUGGGGGAACAGAACACGUACUCUAAAAUAACUAGUUAAAAAUAAAUAAUUGACAGACAUUAGUGGAAGUGAAGCGAUCGUUCGGCAAUACUGUACGAACUCUAAACGUUGGAACACGUCUGGAACUGACGGAGAAUCUAUUUCGGGAUCGCGGCCUCAUGCUUCUACUUACCAAAGCGAUCGGCUCUUUGUCUUGAUAAAAGUAUGUACAUCGGUCAUUGCCUAUAAUAAAAUCGCGAGUACCUUAUAAAAGUAUUCCAAAAUGGGAAAUAUCUUCAGUGGUGCUCCGACAGGAGAGAACGCUUCAGUCGCGAGUGAUAAAAUCAAUAGUGAUUCUGAGACAAUGGAACAAAUUGAAACCGGUGAUAAAAAUAAUAAAGAAGAAUUACGUGAUACAGACAGCGAUGACGAUAGUCGAGCUAAAAGGAAGGAAGAGGAAAUGAACGAAUUUAGAAAACAAUUAAGUAUCAAACGUGAACAAAGAAAAGAAAUAUUAUCAAGGCAUAGAAACGAAAAGAAAGAAUUAGAAAAAUCUUUAAAGAAUGAAAUGAUAUUAAAAUUGGAGCUAGCGGAUCAAAAUAAAUUACUACGUGAAUUGUUGAUUAAAAAUAAUAUCGAGAUUCCUGACGAACUUGAUGCGAGUAAAGAAAGAAUAAAUGUUGCUGAAACUGUUUUGCAAAUGAAAGACGAGUUAGAAAAAAUAAAAUCAAAUAACAAUAAAUUAAGAGUUCAACUAGCCAUGACAAAUAAUGCAUUGCAAAACGCUUACUCCGAUAUGGCGGAACUAAGCGCACAGAAUACGGAAUCUUUUAAACAAAUCAAGUCGCUAAAAGAAGUAGUAACCGUCAGCAAAACUAUGAUCAACUUACGGGAGGAACAGUUGAAUGAGUUAAAGAAGAAGUUAACAGAAAUAGAGCAGUCUCUUGCUGACAGAGAGACACACAUGCUAUCCGCAGAUUUGAGACAAGAAUACGAACGUCAACUACAAAAUAUCCGAACAUUGAGAGGACUCUAUGAAGAAAGAGCAAGGUUAGCUGAAGUAACCAGGCAAGCUCUAUCGAGAGAUCUUCAGGAACAAAAAGAAUUGCACCAGGCAGAAGUUAAAAAAUGCCAAGACUUGUCUAUAAAAGUAGAAGAACUUGAGUCUACUGUUAAUAAAUUAGAAGAGGAGAUCAAAGACAAAAUAAACCAGAUAGCUUCUUUAAAGAACGAAACUUACGGUCUAAAUGCUGAAAUGGAAGUAGUUAACAAGCUAUUCUCCCAAGUCCUUUUAGGAUACAAAAAUAAACAAGAUUUAGAUAAGCUUGUCAACCGCCUAGAAGAGAAUCACGGUAUCUUGACACAAAUGGCUGAACAAGAAAAUGGAUCUGAAGCUUCGUCAGCAUUGCCCAAGCUGCUAUUGCAGCUGGUCAGCCAAGUUGAGGAAAAUAAUGAAAAUAAACAAUCUGAUACAUCAGUUAAUGCCGACGAAGAAAUAACCGAAGAUAUUCACAAGGAAUCAGAUACUCAAAGCUUAGAAAAUCCAAAAGCAGAAGAAAUUGUACAAAAUCUUCCUAAAGUUUGGAGAGUACUUAUUGAGCUGUUGAGCCAUCAAAGUGAACCACAAUCAAAUGAUGAUGUCAAAGUCUCCUCUUGCUACAAAUCAGUGGAAACGAAAUCAGGACCGGUAUUAGUACCGAGUGUUAGCCAAACCUACAUCAGAUUAAAGGAUUUAAUAAUUGAAAAGCUUGGUUUAAUCAAAGAGGUUAACCGAAUGAAACAACUAAAUGGCCACUUAGAAACUCGCUUACAAGAACAAGAACGACGAUUAUGUCUCGUGACCACGGAAUUAAGCAAAACGUGGCAUGUAGUAGGCCGCUUAAGGAAACACCACCAUCAAUUACACACUCAUGAAAAAAUACUUAAAUACGAGUUACAACAAAAACGAAAAUUACUAAACGAACUCAAGGAGGAACUUGAAUACUGUCGUGAAAAGUGGAAACAAGCCCGAGAAAAAAAUUCACAAUCUGAAAAUGACUGGAAAAAGCUUCGAGCAGAAUUUUCUAGUCGUAAAGCUAAACCUAUCUCGACAUUUAUUAAUAAUUCUGCUGAAAGUGGAUAUAGCGAUGAAAGACCUUCCGACGAAUCUUCGGAGUCAAAUGAUGAAAGUGAAUACGUUAAAGAAUCACAACUAAGAUGUAGAAAAAAAAUUAAGAAGUCAAUCGAAGUAGGAGUAGAUUCAAGCGCGGACUUUAAUCUAGCAGCAGAAAGGGAAGACCCAGCUAGCGACAUGUUAGACGUCGCUGAUUUGCCCUUGGACAAUCAGGAGCCAGGACCCAUAGAAGUAUCAGAUUCUUCUAUAAAUUUAGACGAAUGUGAAAAAAUAUAUGCAGAAACUGAGGACGAAGUAGGAGACAUUGCUAAUGAUUCUUAUAUAGAAGAAACUUAUUUGGCCGAACAUGGUGAAAACAGUCAGUGUUGUAACGGUGACUCCCAAAAUGGCGGUAUUCCCGAUAAAGAAAACACUACAAGGGAAUUGAAUAUAUCAACUGAAAGCCAAAAGUCAAAUGAUAUACAACAAAAUGAAAGGUUAGAGAUGCACGAAGAAAAAACUUUGCUUCCCAAACUGACUGAAAUAACGACUAAUGUCGAUCAUCAAGUAAAGAAUCCAGUAAAUCAUUUAACAAAUGAGCCUUCAUCAAUUGAACACGUCCGUAAUAUUUCUGGAGAAAAUCAGACCAACUUAUUAAGUCAAACGGAAUCAGAUUAUCAAAGUGGCGUACAAGAAAUCGUUACAACAGCAAAUCCACCCUUAUGUGAUAACAGAGAAAGUCCACCGUCUACAGAACCAUGUAUUGAUUUUAAGACAAUAUUAGAAAAUAUAAAAAGACAGGAUGAACGUCUCGCUAUAAAAGAUCAAAGACUCCAAAAUUUAGAAAACGGAUGUUCCGAUGUAAUCAAGAGUAUGACAAAUACGCUUCAAACAGGUGAAUCAAUUUCAGAAAAAUUAGAAACACUCCAUAAAGAAUCUAACAACACGUUAAAUAUUCAAGCGAGUGGAUCAGCGAGUCGAGAAAGUUCCACAGAUAGUUUAGAGAACAAACAAGAAGCAUCGAUUUCUGAAGUAAAUCACGAGGCAAUGUUCGCGGCUCGAGACGAACGACUAAAAAGGUUGGAAGAACAAACAAAAUCUUUGGUCAAAAGAGUCAAUAAAACAGCUACAAAAGGUGUUAAAAUCAACUACAAGUUACAAGAACUACACAAUAUAUACGGUUCUGAAACAUCACGUGCUGGGACACCUUCAGAAGAUAACGAAGAUGAUUCCCAGGGCAGCAGCUAUGAGAAAGAAAACGAAAAAUAAUCGAAUUAACGCGUGCUGUGAAUUUAUAUAUGUUAUUUAAAUGAUUGGUCGCGAAUUAUUGAUGUUAAAUUAUAUUUUUUUGUUCAGUACUUAAUUAUUAGAAUAUAAAAAUUGUCUUUGUCAUGUUUACCUUCUUUUAUUGCAUCUGUGAGAACAAGACACAACAUUACAACAAAA